AUGCUGUCCUGGGCCAUCAUCGUCUGCUUGGCCUCCGUUUCGCGAGCGCACAUCACGGUGCUGUCCUGGGAGCCGCGCAUCCACCUGCACCACGGCAUGCUCGACGAAAACGAGAUCGCCCACCUGAUCGCGCUGUCGUCGAGCCGCUUCGCGGCGUCGGAGCUCGAGGUCGGCGCGAACGACCAGCGGCGGACGUCGGAGUCGUGGAUGGUGCCGCGGGCCGUCGAGCGCGACGACGCCGUCGUCGCCGGCGCCGUCAAGCGCAUGCACGCCGCCGUCGGCAUCCCGCCGCGCUACGGCGAGGCGCUCCAGGUCGCGCGCUACAACUCGACGAGAAACUACUACAAUUUCCACGCCGACAGCGCGAAGUCGACGGCGCGCGUCGCGACGGUCCUGAUCUCCCUCGAGCGCGCCGACGAGGGCGGCGAGACGAUCUUCCCCUUCGUGCGCAACGCGUCGUCGGCGCCGGCGACGCUGCCGCCGCCCGUCGACUUCGCGAAGCAGGUCAUCCGCGAGGACGCGCUCGACGCCUACUGCGCGUCGGACCAGCACCUCCGCCUCGCGCCGGAGCCCGGCGACGCGCUCGUCUUCUGGAACUUCCAGCCCGACCACGCGACCGUCGAGCGCGAGCGCCUGUGGCACGCGGCGUGCCCGGUGAAGCGCGGCCGCAAGGUCGUCGCGCAGCGCUGG